AUGCGAGAUCAAAUUUUUUUACUCAUCUUUCUCAUAAAUUUUAUCACAGCAUUUAAUCUUUCUCCAGUUCCAAAUAUCAUAAUAUCCAAACGAGAAGUCUUCUUAAAAUAUAAAGAUUACAUUAGACAAGAAAGAUCAUCGUUCUUUGGAUUCUCAAUAAAUCUCAGAAAGUCUCAUAUCAUCAUCAGUGCACCACGGGCACAGCCAAUUGUUGAGAAACAAAAACAUACAGAGGAACCUGGAGCGAUAUUAAAAUGUGAGAUUAGCAGAAAUGUAACUAUUGAGUCAUGUUAUGAAUACAUUUUUGAUAAGAGUGAAGAAUUUGUCAAUGUAAGUAAGUAUAAAAAUAAAAAAGUCAUUGAUUCCGAAACAAAAGAUUUCCAACUGCUUGGAUUCUCAAUGGAUGGUGGAGGAUCUGAAAGUAAUAAAUUUGUCAUUUGUGCACCACAUCUAAAAGCUUUAUCUCAAACUUUAAAAAUAAAUGAAACAGCAAACUAUUAUCUACAUGGACUAUGUUCAUGGGUUAAUGAUACAGUCAGUCGAGAGCCUGAAAAUUAUACAAAAAUUGGUGCACUCAGAUUUUUUGAUGAACAAAAUAGAGUCGAUGACAAAAUAAGCUAUUACAAUUAUAAAUACGGUGAAAGUGGCUUUAGUGUCCAUAUGACUGAAAAUGAUGAUGAAAUAAUUAUUGGAUGUCCUGGUAUAUAUAACUGGAAAGGAUCUAUUAUUCGUCAAUCACUUCAUAAAGAACAAGUCUUCAAUACAAUCGACUAUGAGGCAGAUGUCGUCAAUGCAAGCUUAUUUAAAUUAUCUAUAGUCGGUUAUUCAUACUUUGGCUAUUCCGUCAGUUCAGCAAAAAUUUUAGGCACAAAUAAAACAUAUUAUAUUGCAUCAGCACCUAGAGUUAAUCAUCGUGGAUUAGUAUACAUUUUUGAAAUAACAAAUAACACGAAGCCUGAAAAGAAAUUUUUAAUUCGGAAAAAAAUACAUGGUUCGCAAUAUGGUGAAUAUUUUGGGUAUGCUGUGAUGUGUGAGGACUUUAAUAAUGAUGGAUUGCCAGAUAUUGUUGUAUCAGCACCAUUUUACACCAACGAUGAGCUUCAUGAUAACGGAGCUGUCUAUGUGUUUAUCAAUAUAGGAAAUAUGAAAUUUAAGUCACCAACUAUUCUUCAGUCAAGUUUUAAAGGAAGUGGAAGGUUUGGAAUGUCAAUUUCAAAACUUGGUGACGUAAAUCUUGAUGGAUACAAUGAUUUGUUGAUUUCGGCGCCAUUUGAAGAAGAUGGAGCUGCCUAUCUUUAUUUUGGACGUUCUCUUGGUAUAUCACCAACUCCAAUUCAGAAAAUUCAAGCACCAAAAGUCGAUCCAAAUGAAUAUGCUGAAUCUUUUACUAAACCAAUGUUUGGUUUUGGAUUAUCACAUGGAAUUGACAUUGAUGGGAAUGGAUUCAAUGAUGUAGCUAUUGGUGCACCAAACUCAGAAGUUGUUUUUAUCUAUCGAUCAUAUCCAAUCAUUAGAAUUAAUAGUAUACUGAAUUUAUCUAAACAUUUUCUGAAUAUUGAUAGCAAAACUAUAAAUGCGUCAUUUUGUGCAAAAUAUUCAAGUAAAUCAAAGGUGGAUAUGGCUAUAAAAAUCAAAAUGAUUUUAACUCUUGAUCCGAUCUUCAAGCGAGUGACAGAAAUUGGUACAAAUAGAACUAUAAUAAUUGAAACUUUGAUACUAUCAAAGAAUGACAAAUGCAUCAAUUAUAAGCUAAAUAUUAAAACAGUUUUAACAAAAAUAUUUUGGCCGAUUGAAAUAAAAGUUGAUUAUGAUCUUGUCGACAAAAUAAACAAAGAUGAUUCAAAUUUUUGUAAAACAUGCGUCAUGCUUGACUUAAAAGAUCCGAAAUCACUUAGAAGAGAAAUAGCAUUUUCGACUGGAUGCAACAGUACAGAUUGUAAGGUAGACUUAUCAAUAAUUGGAACUCUACAAAAUGUUUCGCAACCUUUUAUUCUCGGUAGUGAAAAGACAAUUACUAUUACUUAUAAAAUUGACAAUUUUGGUGAGCCUGCUUACUCUACAAAGCUAACAAUCGAAAUGUCUUCAAAUCUGACACAAUUUUCACGACUUCCAACAUCAUGCAAUAUUGCAAAUAAUAUCAUGUAUUGUGACAUUAACAACAAAAAGCCAAUUUUUAAUCAAACAUCUUUAAAUAUGAAAGUUAUCAUUGAUGUGACUCAACUCGAUGGAAAAUUGUUCGAGAUUAAGGCAAAAGUGUCAAGUAUUGGAAAUGAGACAAAGAUGCUGGAUAAUAUAAGCAUUGUUAAAAUUGUAUUGACUGAACUUAGUGAAAUUGCUGUCAGUAGUACAAGUUCAUCACCUGAAAUACAUUUAAGUGACACUUUGAUACAGAAUAUCGUUAAUUACAACUAUCAAAUAUUUAAUUAUGGACCCAGUAAUAUUAAAAAACUAUCAAUUACUCUACAAAUUCCUAUAAUGUAUGACUUAGCUAUUUACAAUCAUGUCAAAAUUAUUGAAUUUGAUGGUGAUGCGAAUUUAACUGUUUCCUACAAAAAUAAGCAAUUAGAAGUCAACUGGACUAAAUUGGAAUUUAUUUCAAAUUUUUCAAAUAAAAAUAAAGAAGGAAUUGAUUUCGACAGUUCAACAUUAGGAUUCAACUAUGAAUUAAAUCAUCAAGAACUGGAACCUGAUUUAUCUCACUUCAGAAAGCGCAGUGUAGACUCCAAAGGCUCUUCUAAUUUGAAUUACGACAACAAACUCAAUCUCAACGAUUCAACAGAACAUAAUUCAGAAAACUUACAAUCUGAUCGAACAAUUGUCCUUGACUGCAUGCAAUCUGAUGACAAAAAAGGUUGCAUAAAAGUAGAGUUUGUCGUUGAAGACUUUCAAACUGAAAAUGAGCCAAUUAUUAUAAAUUUCAAUUAUUCAUUCAUUUUACAUGAGUUUGAAAGAAUUUUUGUAAACAGCAAAAGUGUUUUCAUUUAUAAAACAAAUAUCAAAUUCAACAGAAUUGGUGACGAUAAUACAACGCAAACCUUUAACGUCACAUUCAAAAAUCCACAAACAAUUAUUUAUAAGAACGUUAUUGUAAAAGUUCCAUUGGAGGUUUUUAUCAUGUCAGGAGUAAUUGGCAUACUUGUGUUCAUUUUAUUGUUAUGGGGUCUCAAGAAUUGUGGAUUCUUUAAAAGAAACAAAAAAGUUGAAUUGCAAAAGUUGAAAAGAGAAAGUUUAGCACUCGAUGCUCAACAAAUGCAAUAUUGGGCUAGAGAAUGCGAGAAGAUGAAAUUCAAGUAACUUAUGAAAAUAAUUUUAAACUUCAAAAGCUAAACUAGAUUUAAAAGAUAAACCCGAGCGACAUUUAUCCGCUUUAUUGCAGCCAUAAGGUGGUCAUAAGUCGUUGCCUACUGCCAACUGCCUUAAGUCAAGGCAGAUCGAUAAUCGUCAUACGACUGCCUUAUUGCCUUGAUGGCAACUCCUGACCUCCAUAUUUCCGCGCGCAAGGCUGUCUUGAAACUGCCACUGACUUGUAACCGACUUGCCUUGUAAUCGCCUUGAAGUUGACGAGGUGGCACUCACACGACAGCUGUAUGAUCGACAUACAACAAUGCCUUAAUACUGCCACAAAAUUGCCUUGACAAAUCUGAAAUAAAAUUACAAAAAUAAAUCAAAAUUCAAAAUCUGGAUUUCAGUUAGGAGUUUAUUACAAUUUUUUAUAAUCAAAAACAAAUUAAGAUAAGAAAUAUCAAUAUUAAACUUUUUCGUUAGCUUUUGAAUCAGCCUUCUUCAUUUUACGAACAAUUUCAUUGUGGUCUUCAUGAAAAAAAGCGGAUUGCGUAUUGAAUAAAUUUUUUUGCAUCAUCUAAAUUGAUGUAAAUUCCUUCGGUGUGUGCUUUAAUGACGUCAAAAGAGAAAUAUGUCCGAGAUUGUUACGAAUCUCAACACGACCUGAAAAGGAAAUCAAGAAAAAAAUAUUUCAUUAUAAAAGUAUCUUUAAAAUGAAAUCAAUUAAUAAUACCAUCAUAAUUGGGCCAUCCAACAUCUGAUAAAAAGAAGUCUGAAGAAAAAUACAGCUUUAGUAGAGAGAUCGCUAGCCCAUUUUUCGGGUCACCUUUUGCAUUAUCAUUUACCAUGCGUUUUGAUAGAUAACCCACCUAAAAUAACAAUCGAAUUGUUAAGCUAUGCUAAAAUAGAAAUAUAUAAUAAUACAUACCAAGUUACAACUAUUAUUAUUACAACGCUGUUUCUCAAAUUCAGGAUCAAAAUUUGCUUGAUUGUCAAAUAAACUUAGCUUAUGCUCAACAAAAUCGAUUAGUUGCGUGCUUUUAACUGGAAAAAUUCUUAUUUUUACAAUAAUUUAAGCACUUUAGAAUUACUUACAUCACUGAUGGCUUCCAUAUCGACGUCUCUUGUAAUAUUUCAAGUCCAAACAGCACUUUUAAUUGACUCUUUUUAAUUAUUUAAUUAACUGACGAACCUAACACGUUAAACGAUAUGAUACAAAUGAUGUAACAAUGAAAAAAUUCUUUUGUUCUACUCUAUUGUUAUUGUAGCAGCCACAUGGCAGUCACAAGGCAGUUACUUGGUAAUCGCAAGGUAGUCACAUGAUAAUCACAAGGCAGUCGCAUUUUAAUCGCAAGGUAGUCACAUGGCGCCUAUAAGUCAGUUACAAGGCAGUUACAAGUAAAACUGCCUUACAACUGCUUUAAUCUUUUCAAGGCAGUGUGGUGGCAGUCUCAGAACUGCCACUGCCACAAAUUGUCGCUCGGGAAAUGAUUCAUUACUAAAAUACAUUGGAUGCAAGAAUGUAAAAAAAUAAAUUAGUCAGGAGGAGUUUCAGUGACUAAAUCUUUG